AUGGCUCGCGAAGAGCUCAUCUCCUCGGCUGUGACAUUCCUUCAAGACCCCUCGGUCGCAUCUUCACCAGUGGAGAAGCGGGUUGCCUUUCUUCAGUCCAAGAACCUUACACAAGAAGAAAUUGACAUCGCCAUUGCGCGGGCAGGUGAUGGAACGGUUCAAACUACUACGACGACUACAGCUCCUGUAGGAUAUGGCCAACAGCAGUCUCCCGGUUACAGAUCAACUGCCCCUCCACCAGGGUAUGGCUAUCCACCGUAUGGGCAAUGGCAGCCCCCUCCAGAGGUCCCUAGGAGAGAUUGGCGAGAUUGGUUUAUCAUGGCAACAAGAUACGUCGUUCCUCUUAUUGCGCCUCCCACACCUCCACAACUGGAACAGGACAAGCAGAGCAUUGAUGAACAAUUCACCCGCGCCUUUGCUUUGAUUGACCAGCUCUCGACAGACACAGCUGCUUUGAAGACCGCUGAAGAGGCACGAACGGAACGCUUGGAUGCCGCCCUUCGUGAGGUCGAGGGAGUGGUCUCCGAGUUGAAAUCGUCAACACGGCGGAGAGACGAUGAUACUCGUCGGAUCAGCGAUGAAGUUAAGAACCUCAAGGAGAGUAUCCCCAAGGCUCUUGAAGGUGCCCGUGAAGGAAACGAGAACCGACUUAAGGAGCUUGGCACAGAACUACGCAGUCUGAAAACUCUGUUGAACAACCGACUCAGUACUGCUAGCCCUACCACAACUCCAGUCUCUGGCCGCCCCGUAGGAACACCUGAACCCACGCCAACACCAGCCCCAGCACCGGCGGAUCCGGCGACGCAGUCUUCUACAGCAGCUCCUAGCAUUGCUCCUCCAUCUCUACCAACCGCUCAAACCCCUACUACUCCAAGCACCAACAAUCCUCUUUCCCAAUUAGGCAAAUCUGCUUCGAUCCCGGCCUGGCAAAUGGCUGCUGCGAACAAGGGGGGAACAGGGUCAAAAAUGGACCACGAAACCAGCAGAUCCGAUGGCCGAGGCGCCCGAAGAUCUCGGAGUCGGUCCAUGUCACCGCGCGUCCGCGAUCGCGAAAGAGUUCGAGAGCGCGAUAGUCACAGACACCACCACCGUCACCAUCGCGACAGCCACGCGACCGGUCACGAUGACGAGAAGCAAGAGAGAUCGAGACAUCGUUCUCAUCACCACCGUGGUCGAGAUAGCGGCGACCGUCGUCGCAAAGAACCUUCUCCGGUGUCCGCUGCGCCGCGUGUGCUCCCGUACAAUGCGCGACAUCUUUCCAAGCAUGACCUCUCACGAUUGGAGCCCAUUUUUGCUAUGUAUUUGGAUAUACAAAAGGGCCUGGCUUUUGGAGAUUUGAGUGAGCAAGAGCUGAGAGGGAGGUGGAAAAGUUUUGUGAAGAGAUGGAACCAUGGAGAGCUCGCUGAGGGGUGGUAUGACCCUGCCACGUUCGAAAAGGCUGCGAGUGGCUUUGAGAGCAAAGGGGACGGUCCUCAUCCAGACGAAAGAGAACCACUACCGACGAGAGCAUCCGAACCACCGGGUGACGGCCGCAAAGAUAGAACCACAUCACCAAGGGCGAGAACGCCCUCGGAAGCGAGAAACAGAGAAUAUAAUAACGCCCAGGAUGACGAUGAAGAUGACGAUGAUGAUGAAGUAUAUGGCCCACCGCUUCCCAACCAGGUCACUACUUCCAGCAAUCCUCGAUCUGGACCGACGAUACCAAACCUUCAAGACCUAGAAAUCCAGCGAGAAUACGCACUCGAAGAUGCCCGAGCUGCCUACUCUACAGCUUUCGCUGAACACAAAGAAUCGCUCAGAUCACAUAAAGAUCACAUGCGCACUGUUCAGGAAGAAGUUGCCCCCCGCGCAGAGCCCGGAACCCACGAACGAAAGAUGGAGAAGAGGAGAGAAGCGGCAACCGCAAAUCGCGAGUUUGCUGCUGGCAAGCGAGGAGGCUCACCUGCAAUGGACGCCGCCCCCGACUCGGAAUUAAUGGGCGGUGGUGAGGGUGAUCUUGAAGCUAUGAAGAAGGUAAAGGAGCAAGAAAAGAAGAAAAAGACCGAAAGGGAGAUACGCCGAGAAGAGAUCGUGAGAGCGAGUCGGGUGGAGAGGGAGGAACGACUGGCUGAAUACAAGAAAAAGGAGGAAGAAACAAUGGGUUGGUUGAAAGCUCUGGCAAAACAAAGAUUUGGGUAA